UCUUUCCCUCAGCACCAUCCAAGCCGGCAGCUGUAGAGGGAAGGGGGCUCCCUUGGGCAAGAGCGGGGAAUCAAUCAGCUCCCUGGGGACAUUCAGAGCCAUCCCAUCCCACCUGCAGUGGCCCUGGAAUAGGGCAGAUUUGUCCCUGGGGUUGUCAGUCCCAAAGCUUUUCCUAAGGCAGGGAGAGGGACUCCCGGAGAGCUGGCAGACGGGGCUUUUUGCUGCCACACUCUGUCCUCCCCAGUCUCUCCGUGGCCUCGUUCCGCUUUCCCUCUGCCAUUCUCCCACCGUUUCCUGGCAGAACCUGACUUCCUGUUCUUUCCCUCUCCUUUGUAGUCACCGAGCUGCUCACCACGGCCUGCUCUGGUGUAGUGCCAGCGGGAAGAGGGAACGCGGAGCUAGCACUGCACUGCCUGCACCAAACGCAGGGCAACAUCCUGGUAAGCAGGCAGCUAUGGAAUGCUGGGAAUGAAGGAGCUGCCCUGUUUGGGGAAAUGCCGAGGUCUGGAUAAACGCCCCGCGCUUGGCAAGUCCAGCGUCCCUGGGCGCCCCGUGCUGAGCAAACACCUCCAGCCUGGCCCCGGUGGAGCGCAUUCUCUCUUCUGUAACAACACUUGGAUGGAGUGGAGGGCUUGGCCUUUGCCGUGAGAAUGAGUGGCAAGUGACUGCGGCAGAGAGGAGUCUUCUCCCAGAGGUGCUGGCAGUGGCAUGCCACGGCUCAGUCCCCAAGGAUCUGCCUAGGUUCUACAGCCUUAAGCGGACUGAGGAAGUACUUGCCUAGACUUCAGCAGGAUGAGGUGAUCCCAAAGCGCUGCUCCUGCGCAUGGACCAGCCGGAACUGCUGAAGGAGCACCACAGCUGGAAGCAGGUAUUCCCCUCCUUGCUCCUUUUGGAAUCUAAGCCUUUUCCCUUGAAAUCUUGCAGCACGCUAAGGAAUUGCUGUGUUCCGGAGGGCCUGGGAAGCUGGAAUCCCAUCCCCUGGCGGAUUAUCAUUACACAGGCUUGGACACCUGGACAGCGGAGGAGGAGCGGCUGUUCCGGAUGGCUUUCUCCAGAUGCCGGAAAGAUUUCUACCGCAUCCAGAAGAAGGUGCAGACCAAGUCCGUAGCCCAGUGUGUGGAGUAUUACUACACCUGGAAGAAGAAGUUGGUGUUUGACCGCCUCCGUGCCAAAGCUAAAGCACAGAGGCGCAAGGCAGAGAGGGAUCAGCCGCAACACCCAAAGGAAAAGGCUGUCGCCAGCCCCGGGAAGUGCCGUCGAGUAGCAACAGAGAGCACAGGCACCCCCUCCAGUGAUGCCAGCCAGCCUCCAUCUCACGCGGGAAGCGGAGACGCUCUGCAGGGUUUUCCAUGCCCAGAGUGCGGAAGGGUGUUUGCCAAGAUAAAUGGCCGCAACGCCCACAUGAAGCGUCAUUGCCCGGAGGAGGACCUGGAUUACCUCCGGAAGGUCCGCUGGCCGCUGAAGCGCCCAAAAACGGAGCCGAAGGCAGAAGAAAGCAGGAUGCUGAUGGCCUUCGAGAGCGGAGACAGCCCGGCUCGCAAGCGGCAAUGA